AUGUCUCGAGAGAGAUUUGAGGACCUCCACGAGGACAGAACCUUGGAAGCUGUGCCGGACACAAAGAGACCCAAACACGAUAGACAGGCUGUUGUGGCUGGUCGACGCUCGCAGUCGCCCGAAAUCCAGCACAGAGACGACGAUGAGAUGAUACAAGAGUACGAGGACGAUUUAAAAAUUGAGCUCGAGGCGCUGCAUCAACAAACCCAAAGUGCCAUUAGGCAGCUCCGAAAGAGCAGCAAUCAGUGA